AUGUACCACUUGCUACCAGUACUGAUUUAUGCAGCUCUUGAAUCCCUGGCUGGACAUCCAGCAUUGGCUGUCUUUCAGGCACCUCAUCACACAAACCAGAGCUGGGUGCUGCCCACCUUUUUGGCCCACCUCAAGCGCUUGGCAUCCUCAAACAUUACCACCACUGUGAUCACUAGCAAGGUCCGGGCCUCCGAGAUGUGCCAAGGCUAUUACGAUGUCAUGGGGCAGUACGAUGCUGCCUUCAACUGCACCACAGGGGGUUACCGGUUCUGCUGUGGCACCUGCCACUACCGUUUCUGCUGCGAUGACCGGUCCAGGAGGCUGGAGCAAGGGAAGUGUCCUGAGAGUCCACCAUGGAUCACCACCCCAGCUACCGGCACAUCCACAAAGGGACCUGAAGCACCAAAUGGGAACAAGCAAACUGGCAACAGCACCGUGUAUGUGAUCUGUGGUGUCAUUAGCUUCACCUUAGCUGUGGGAGUUGGGCUCAAAUUCUUCUUCAGCAAAGCCUCAAGGAGGCCCCAUGGAAGAGAAAUCAAUGUGCCCAGGGCUCUGGUCGACAUUCUCAGGCAUCAAGCGGGAAGCAGCUCGUGCUCUGAACGCAACAACAGCCUGGUCAUUAACUCAAACUUCCAAGACAAUGGUUCGGCUCGCCCCCCCAAGAACCUGUACAGUACAGUGAAACCUUCCAAAAGCAGCCAUGAUAACAUGCAUCACAAUUACAUGCAUUUGAACUCCAACAGCCCCAAGCACCACACAGCCACUUUGGACUGGCAUAUGAACCACACACCCAGCCACUCCACUGGGAAGUACAACACCCUCAGCUGCUCCCGUUCCUUCCACAACCUCUCCCAUCUGCCACCAUCUUACGAGACAGCUGUCAAGUCAGAGCUCAACCGCUAUUCCUCACUCAAGCGCUUGGCAGCUGAGAAGGACUUGGAUGAAUUCUAUGUCAAGCGGAAGCAUCUUGUCGAAUUGACACGAGGGACACUGCCUUUACAUGCUAUGAAGAUGAACUAUGAUAGGGAUGGCUACGCUGAGAAAUCACAAAAUCCACGACGUGUCAUGUCCCAGGAGCACAUCCUUUCUGAUGGUGGUGGAGGAGGGGGAAGCUACCGUCCAUCACACUAUGACUACACUAUUCCACGAGAACGUGUAAUCUCUCAUGAACGCCUCCUCUCCCGUGAAAACUUGCAUUCACAGGAGCGCUUGCUUUCACCUGAGCGUCUCCAUCAAGGCACAGGUCCCUUCCAGGAUAUGCAUCUGAGCCAUCAGAAGGCCCUCUCUCAAACCAACGUCUGUGCCAGCAGUACCCCCAUGCUUGACCACCAUCACAUGAUGAAUAUGAACUCUCAUCCUCCUUCCAACAACUCCCCCAAGACAACGGCUCCUUGGGAGGCCAGUGCUAACCAAGGUGCCGCCAGCCGGCGCCAGGGCUUUGCGGCCAAGCGGCAAAGCACCAUUGACCAACUCCAAUACAUCCCUGGGCACCACCCAGGCCAGCACAUCCAUACUGGCAGCAAGAAUGAGGUCACUGUGUGA